AUGCUUUUGAAACUGAAACAGGUUGCCUACCACGCAUGGCGAUACAGCAAGCGUCCAAGAGGAAUGACAAGGGCUGGCCUUUACGAUCCUACCACAAUCAUGAAUCGCGACUCGCUUAACUACGCGAUGUACGAGGGCUGGUCCAAGAUGGCUUUCUACUUCCUGUCCUUCUUCUACUACCUUUACUCCAUGAUCUACGUCCUGAUCACUUACUAA